ACCACAUGGUCAUGACGAACUUGGUGCUCAUGGUAAUCUUUCUCUUCGUAGGACCAACGACACAAGGGAGAGAAGCCUUGCCGCUCGUGCCGGGGGUCAUGUUGUUCGGUGACUCGCUUGUCUGCAUCGGUAACAACAAUUAUAUAACCACCUGGGUGAAAGCAAACAUGGCUCCAUAUGGCCGGGACUUUAUGGAUCAUUUCGCUACAGGGAGAUUUAGCAAUGGAAAAGUGAUUAGCGAUUACAUAGGUGAAAAGCUAGGGUUUGAUGGGUCUCCUCCAGCAUAUCUCAGCGCGCAGUCAUCUGGACCGAAUCUUCUAAUUGGAGCGAACUUUGCAUCAGCUGGAUCCGGCUACUACGAUGGCACGUCACCUUUGUAUCAUGACAUCACUUUGUCACAACAAGUGGAAUACUUCAAGGAGUACCAAUCGAGGCUGACAGUGGUGGCUGGGAGGAAUCAGGCUCGGACCAUAAUUUCAGACGCACUGUACAUCAUUAGCGCCGGUUCAAAUGACUUCGGCUUCAACUACUACGUGAACCCUUCGCUUUUCUUGAGAGAGAACAUUGAUCAGUUCACUGAUCGCCUCAUCGGCAUCUUUAAUAGCACCGUCAUGGAACUUUACACCCUGGGAGCACGGCGCAUUGGUGUUUUCUCUAUAGCACCUUUGGGUUGCGCUCCCUUGGCGAUCACGGUGUUGGGCCUUGGUAGAAGCGGGUGCGUUCCGAGGCUCCUUGAUGAUGCACGAAGGUUUAAUAGGAAGUUGGGUGCAGAAGUUGAGUCACUGUCGAAGCAGUACCUUGAUCUCAAGAUAGCUCUCCUGGACAUCUACACUCCUUGGCACAGCCUUGCCACCUCUCCUGGGUCAUAUGGGUUCACUGAGGCGAGGCACGCGUGUUGUGGUACCGGAUUACUGGAGUUUACAGCUUUGUUUUGCAAUCCUAUGUCCAUUGGGACAUGUGAAAACGCGACUACAUACGUGCAUUGGGACGCUGUCCACCCAUCGGAGGCGGCCAACAAAGUGAUUGCAGAUUCUCUGGAUGAGGGGAUCAAGAAGCUGGUUAUGUAA